AUGGAUUUCCUUACGGAUCAAUGGAUUCAUCAACCUCCUUGGAAUCUAAACGAAUAUUUACCAGAAACGUUACAACAUGCAAGACAGCUCGGAAAAGGAGCAUGUUUGGAAAUUUACCAUCGUAUUUGCAUGCAACAAGAAUCGUAUACAAUACGAUCAGAUCCACCAUCACGACAACUUCUAAUGCUCACCGAAGGAUUCAAAGAGUAA